AUGUCAGAAGAUAAAGCCAUUUGUUUCAUAUCGUUUAUCUCCAGGGAUGAUCAACCGUUAUACAUUCAAUCAUUUGAUAAGACCAACGACGAAGGUACCUCGGGUUCGAAUGAAGGAGAAAUGAAUAAAUUCUUGAAGUACAACUUUUUAUCACAUAUGGCGCUUGAUAUAAUAACAUCACCAGCAUCAUUAUCAAUAAGACAGAAUCAACUGAAUUCGGAUAGUAUACUAUUAUUGAUUCAAGACGAUGUUUCGGUCUAUGGGUACGAAACUAACACGGGGAUCAAGAUAAUUAUUGGUUUCGAUAACCUUGUUAGUGCUAAACAAGGAGACGUCAAUCAACUUGUCAAAUCAGUUUACAAAAAUUAUAUCAAAGCUGUAUGUAAUCCAUUUGGGGAGGAAUCCACCAAUGUGUUACAAACUCCAAGUUUUGACAAGAGUAUAGCGAAAAUUGUAAAUCAAUGGAAUGAACUCAAACUCAAACAACAACCCAAACAAGAAGUGCUGAAUCCCGAAGACAAAGUUGAAGAGGAAAAGAAUCCAGCGCCAGAACCUUCAGCAAAUUAA